UUCCGUAGUCGCUUUGCUGACGUGUGUGUGAGUGGAGAAAGCUGAAGUUCCUCUAACACCAGCUAUGUCUGCAGACUGGGAAGAAAUCAGACGGCUGGCAGCUGACUUCCAGCGAGCCCAGCUCAGUGACACUGUGCAGAGGUUAUCUGAGCGUAACUGUAUCGAGAUUGUUUCCAAGUUAAUCGCUGAGAAACAGCUGGAUGUUGUUCAUACUCUUGAUGGAAAAGAAUAUGUCACGCCAACACAGAUUACCAAGGAAAUAAGAGAUGAACUUCAGGUUCGAGGGGGUCGAGUGAACAUUGUUGAAUUACAGCAGGUGGUCAAUGUUGAUCUAACUCAUAUUGAAAGCAGAGCGAAUGAACUUGUCAAGCUAGACAAAAGUAUCCAGCUGGUGCUGGGACAGCUUGUGGAUGACAACUACCUGGAUCAAAUAGCAGAAGAAGUCAAUGACAAACUACAGGAAGCUGGCCAAGUGACCAUAUCAGAACUGUGCAAAGCAUACGACCUACCAGGGGACUUCCUGACAGAGUCCUUGACCGCACGUCUUGGAAAGAUUAUUCAAGGGAAGAUUGAUCAAAGCAACAAUAGGAGUGUGAUUUAUACAGAGACCUUCGUGGCUCGUCACCGCGCACGUAUCCGUGGUCUUUUCACUGCAAUUACAAAACCAACACCAGUCAUCAAUUUGAUUUCCCAGUACGGCUUUCAGGAACAUCUGCUUUAUUCCCUGUUGGAGGAGCUUGUUAACUGUGGACGUUUAAAGGGCACUGUGGUCGGCGGGAGGCAGGAUAAGGCUGUGUUUAUUCCUGACAUCUAUGCCAGAACACAGAGCAAUUGGAUAGACGCUUUCUUCAAGCAAAACGGUUACCUAGAAUUUGAUUCACUGUCUAGAUUGGGUAUCCCAGACCCUGUGAGUUAUGUCAGGAAGAGGUACAAGUCUGCCCACUUACUAUAUUUAAAGUCUGUGUGUGUUGGCCAGGGCAUUGUGGACCACGUGGAGGCCUCUGUGGAGGAGGCAAUAAGCUCGGGAUCAUGGCUGGAUAUAUUGCCCCUUCUGCCAAGUUGUUUGUCAGAUGAAGAUGCAGGAAUGUUACUCCAACAAGUGAUGAGAACAUUGAACAAGUCAUCGUCUGCUCGAGUCUUUGGAGAUACGAUUGUCGUUAGUGAAAAAUUUAUCACUGAAUGCUCAAAUGUCUUUAAUGGUCUCAUGCACCAUAAGGCUGAAAAGGAAAUGAAAAACAGCCCUGUUUUCCUGGUUACUGAAGAAGACCUUAAGCAAGCAGCGGUGUUCGAAAAUGCAACUGUAAACAAAAAAGAUAAAAGGGAAGAAAGACGGAAAAGGGCAUCAGAGGGCAGUGGAAGCACUCGAGGAGGCGGCGGUAGUAAUGCAAGAGAAAUAAAAAUAAAAAAAUCAAAGAAAAAGACAAGAAAGGACGAAGACAGUGAUGAUGAAUCACAGACAGUUAGCACAAAUAAACCAAAGGAACGCGAGAUCCCAUUUAUGUCUCUGGACGAAAUUCAGAACGUUUUACGAAAACAUGCCUCUGACUGCCCAGAUGAGCUGAUCCUUGAGCUUUCUGAAAAUUUAAUAAGGCCUUUAACAAAAAGUUACCAGGAAGUUUUGAGAUCGGUUUUCUUGUCCUCUUCAACAUUGGCAUCAGGGACCACUAGAAAACAAACCAUGAAAGACUUCCAAGAAGAGCUUUCCAACCUCUACAAUAAUAUCAGGUUGUUUGAAAGGGGAAUCAAGCAUUUUUCAGAUGAAACACAAAGCAGUCUUGCUAAGCAUCUCCUGAAGACCAUUUGCACAGAUAUUACCAAUAUGAUUUUCAAUUUUCUUGCUGCUGAUUUCAUGAUGGCUGUAGAAGACUACUCUACCAUUACAAGUGAGGUUAGAAAAAAGAUGUUAAACAAACUUCAAGAGGAGACUAAAGGCCCCUUAUCAAAACUUCAAGGUUCAUUAUCUGGAAAGAGUAUAGAAGAAUUUCUUUCAUUUCUGGACACAUCAGUAGAAGCGUGUGGCAUAUUAAUAAAAAAAGGCGAUAAGAAGAAAGAAAGGCAAGUUUUGUUCCAGCACAGGCAGGCUCUUUUAGAACAAGUGAAGGUGACAGAAGAUCCAGCUCUAGUCCUACAUCUCACUUCCGUUCUGCUGUUCCAGCUGACUACACACUGCAUGCUUCAUGCCCCAGGGAGAUGUGUCCCACAGAUUAUUGCUUUCCUGCACACAAAAAUCCCACAGGAUCAGCACGAGUUGUUGGCUAACUACCAGGGCCUUGUGGUAAAACAGCUAAUCGGACAGACAAAACAUAAUGACAAUGAGGAUCACGACACAUUGGGAGAUACAGCAACAGAGACCGAAAAAGGACCAGAAAGUAUUAGAAAAGAGCUUCAGGAGCUAACAACUGCCAUCAAAGAUAUAGUCCUUCGACCAAGAAAAAUCUCUAAUACAGAAGAAUAAUCAUCGGAUAUUGUAUAGCUAUGGACUUAUAUAAUUUGUUUAAUUUCUGCUUACAUUAAAAAGACCAACCAAUUCAAUGCAUUUAUUAAAUCAAGCUAUUGUUAAAAAGCCAAUUUCUAUCAAUGUUUUUGCUGGUAUUACGUAAUUAAGUAUGCAAUAAAGCUGUUGGAAAUGGUAGGCUGGGCUUCACACACAAUGCUAGCUGUUAAAACACCAAAGGCUAACUGGCAAGUUCUACCUAUAACAGAACAGCACAAUCGUGCUUUAGUUGUGUAGCGCAGCAUAUAAGCAUUGUAACAUGCAAUCUACAAUAAACAGUCCAUGGCAGGCUAAAUUAUUA